AUGUCGAUUCCUGAUGAAUAUUCUAUUUGUGUGGUCUCAAUUGGCGCUUCCAAGCUAGAGUAUUGUCAUAUGCGGGGAAGAAGAUGCUGGUGUAUUCGACCAUUCCUCCUAAACAAGUCUUUUCAGCCUCGUGUUAGUGUGCAUUGUAACCCAGUGUGUUCUAGUGUAGUGAUACUGAAUCUAGUAUAUCUUAAUACAAAUGAUGACCGAUUAAUAAUGACCACUAACCAUCCUUUCCAAAAUAGUAAUCAACCUCAAUACUACCCCAAACCUUGUUAUACGCUCAAUGGAGCCGAUUCGACUACAAGAAACAAAUCACAGCACAAUAAGUCAUUUUCAACAACAAUGGUUGAUCAGUCAAGAAAUACAUUUGAUUUCAAUUCUCCUGAUAUCUUUGUCGAAUCCCAGGAAGUUUCGUUUGCACCGGAAUACCCUGAUAUUGCCUUGGAUUUUCCCGAUAUCUAUACUAUUAUGAACACUGCUAAUUCAGGAACAUCAAAAGACUUUAACAGCAGCACUUCAUCUUUAGCUGGAAACUUGACACCUCAAUCUGAACUAUUUUACGAGGAACCUUUUGGUGACAUAUAUCUGGGAAAUUCCCAGUGUUACGGUUCACAAAGAGCAUCAAACAGCAUCAGCGAAUAUGGUAGCACCCACUCGAGCCAGUGUAUAGACCAAUAUCAGACUAUUCCUUUGACAUUUGAUGAACAGCCACACGAUUACAAAGUAUUGGAUACACCACAAUUUCAGAAUAUUCCGCCCUUUUACCUUCCAGUACCUGAUUAUCGACAAUCUUCUGUGCCCAUGUCAUUGCCUGUAUCUAGCUAUCAUCACACACAUCAAUCGAUGGAAUUUGUGGUACCUUCACAGGCAGCACUCAUGAGUUCCGCGGUUCCAAUUAUUCACAACAGACAUCAGAAAGUGUAUCACAAGUAUGCACAGACAAAGACAGUCGAUCCUUUGGUUCAAUCGAAUGAACUUUCUGGCAAUAGAAGGAGCGAUGGAGAUACACAACCCAUACAACAGGACAAAAAGUACGCUUGUAACCAAUGCGACUAUCAAAGCAAUCGCAAUAGUAAUCUUUCCAGACACAAGGAAACACAUGCCGCUGAUCGUCCCAAGCUGAGUUGUGGAAGCUGUAAAAAACAUUUUGCUAACAAGCACAAUCUUGGGAGGCACAAUUGCAAAAAAGCUUGA